UGAAUCGCAUUUUAGCUCGUCGAAUCAAGGCGGAAGAAACACAGACCCGUUUUUCACCGAUCCACAAAAGAACACUCUCUCUCCCCCCCUCUCUGUGGUUUCUGAUCUUGAAACCUCCGAUCUAGGGCACCAUGGCUGCUGCCAAUGCCCCAAUCACCAUGAAAGAGGCUCUAACGUUGCCGAGCCUCGGUAUCAACCCACAGUUCAUAAACUUCACGCAUGUGACAAUGGAAUCAGAGAAGUACAUAUGCAUCAGAGAAACGUCGCCACAGAACAGCGUGGUUAUUGUCGACAUGAACAUGCCUAUGCAGCCUCUAAGAAGGCCUAUCACUGCCGAUUCCGCCUUGAUGAAUCCUAAUUCUCGAAUUCUCGCUCUCAAAGCUCAACUGCCGGGAACUACUCAGGAUCAUUUGCAGAUAUUUAAUAUAGAACUGAAAGCGAAAGUGAAAUCUCAUCAAAUGCCUGAGCAGGUUGUGUUUUGGAAGUGGAUUAGCCCUAAGAUGCUGGCCCUGGUAACUCAGACUUCAGUUUAUCACUGGUCAAUUGAAGGUGAUUCGGAGCCUGUGAAGAUGUUUGAUAGAACAGCUAAUCUACAAGGUAAUCAGAUAAUCAACUAUCGAUGUGAUCCUUCAGAAAAGUGGCUGGUCCUCAUUGGAAUUGCUCAAGGUCCACCAGAGAGGCCACAAUUGGUCAAAGGGAAUAUGCAGCUUUUCUCUGUGGAUCAGCAGCGUAGUCAGGCUCUUGAAGCACAUGCUGCGUCAUUUGCCACUUUUAAAGUUGCAGGAAAUGAAAGCCCUUCAACCCUUAUCUCUUUUGCAUCAAGGUCGUUUAAUGCUGGGCAACUAACAUCAAAGUUGCAUGUUAUUGAACUUGGUGCUGUGCCAGGCAAACCUUCAUUUACCAAGAAGCAAGCAGACCUAUUCUUUCCACCAGACUUCGCUGAUGAUUUUCCUGUGUCAAUGCAGAUAUCCCAAAAGUAUGGCUUAAUAUAUGCGAUCACAAAGCAAGGACUUCUAUUUGUUUAUGACUUAGAGACUGCCAGCGCAAUUUAUAGAAAUCGAAUCAGUCCAGAUCCUAUAUUUUUGACUACUGAUGCUUCUUCAGUAGGUGGCUUCUAUGCUGUCAAUAGGAGAGGACAGGUUUUGCUUGCCACUGUAAAUGAAGCAACUAUUGUGCCUUUUGUUAGUGGCCAGUUAAACAAUCUUGAACUUGCUGUUAAUCUUGCCAAAAGAGGAAAUCUUCCUGGAGCUGAGAAUCUGGUUGUCCAGCGGUUUCAAGAAUUAUUUUCUCAAUCAAAGUAUAAGGAGGCCGCAGAACUUGCUGCAGAAUCUCCACAAGGAAUCCUCCGAACUCCUGAUACUGUUGCUAAAUUCCAGAGCGUUCCAGUUCAAGCUGGGCAAACACCACCAUUGUUGCAGUACUUUGGAACUCUGUUGACUAGAGGAAAGCUUAAUGCUUUUGAAUCAUUGGAAUUAUCACGUCUUGUUGUAAAUCAGAAUAAGAAAAAUCUUCUGGAGAACUGGUUGGCUGAGGACAAGCUUGAAUGCACUGAAGAGCUUGGAGAUCUUGUGAAGACCGUUGAUAAUGACCUUGCAUUGAAGAUAUAUAUCAAAGCCAGGGCAACUCCAAAAGUUGUUGCAGCAUUUGCUGAGAGGAGGGAGUUUGACAAGAUUCUUAUAUACUCAAAGCAGGUUGGCUACAACCCUGAUUAUUUGUUCCUCCUCCAAACAAUAUUGCGGACAGACCCUCAGGCUGCCGUUAAUUUUGCUCUAAUGAUGUCUCAAAUGGAGGGAGGUUGCCCAGUUGAUUACAACACAAUAACUGAUCUAUUCCUUCAGAGGAAUUUGAUCCGCGAGGCAACAGCUUUUUUGUUGGAUGUUCUGAAGCCAAAUUUGCCUGAGCAUGGAUACCUUCAAACUAAGGUUUUGGAGAUCAAUCUUGUGACAUUUCCAAAUGUUGCAGAUGCUAUAUUAGCUAAUGGUAUGUUUAGUCACUAUGAUCGCCCACGUAUUGGCCAACUCUGUGAAAAAGCUGGGUUGUAUAUUCGAGCACUUCAGCACUAUACUGAGUUGCCUGAUAUUAAACGUGUUAUUGUGAACACACAUGCCAUUGAGCCUCAGGCUCUUGUCGAGUUCUUUGGUACUCUUUCUCGAGAGUGGGCUCUUGACUGUAUGAAAGAUCUACUUCUUGUCAACCUGAGGGGCAACCUUCAGAUUAUUGUGCAGACUGCCAAAGAAUACUGUGAGCAAUUGGGUGUGGAUGCAUGCAUAAAGCUCUUUGAGCAGUUUAAGUCAUAUGAAGGACUGUAUUUCUUUUUGGGCUCAUAUUUGAGCUCUAGUGAGGAUCCUGAAAUCCACUUCAAGUACAUUGAAGCAGCUGCUAAAACUGGGCAGAUUAAGGAGGUAGAACGUGUGACACGUGAAUCGAACUUCUAUGAUGCUGAAAAGACGAAGAACUUUUUAAUGGAAGCCAAGCUUCCUGAUGCACGUCCACUGAUCAAUGUCUGUGAUCGUUUUGGUUUUGUCCCAGACCUUACCCACUAUCUGUUUGUAAACAAUAUGCUUCGCUAUAUUGAGGGUUAUGUUCAAAAGGUCAAUCCAGGAAAUGCUCCUCUAGUUGUAGGGCAACUGCUUGAUGAUGAAUGUGCUGAAGAUUUCAUUAAAGGCCUUAUUCUGUCUGUUCGUUCUCUUCUGCCAGUUGAGCCCUUGGUGGAGGAGUGUGAGAAGAGGAAUCGUCUCCGCUUGCUCACUCAGUUCUUGGAGCAUCUAGUCAGUGAGGGAAGUCAAGAUGUGCAUGUUCACAAUGCUCUUGGUAAAAUCAUUAUUGAAAGUGGUGACAAUCCAGAGCAUUUUCUUACUACCAACCCAUAUUACGAUUCACGUGUUGUUGGUAAAUAUUGUGAGAAGCGCGAUCCCACCCUUGCUGUUGUUGCCUACCGAAGAGGACAGUGUGAUGAUGAAUUAAUCAAUGUCACAAACAAGAAUUCAUUGUUCAAACUGCAGGCCAGAUAUGUUGUAGAACGGAUGGAUGGUGAUCUCUGGGAUAAAGCCCUUAGUCCUGAUAAUGAGUAUAGAAGGCAGUUGAUUGAUCAGGUUGUAUCGACUGCUUUGCCUGAAAGCAAGAGUCCUGAUCAAGUUUCAGCAGCUGUUAAAGCUUUCAUGACAGCCGAUCUUCCACAUGAACUGAUCGAACUUCUUGAAAAGAUAGUUCUUCAAAAUUCUGCUUUCAGUGGGAAUUUCAAUCUGCAAAACCUGCUCAUCUUGACUGCCAUCAAGGCUGAUCCAUCAAGAGUUAUGGAUUAUGUUAAUAGGCUAGACAAUUUUGAUGGACCUGCAAUUGGGGAGGUGGCUGUGGAAGCUCAGUUGUAUGAAGAAGCAUUUGCCAUUUUCAAGAAGUUCAAUCUUAAUGUUCAGGCCGUCAAUGUCCUGCUGGAUAACAUUCAUAGCAUUGAUCGAGCUGUGGAGUUUGCAUUCCGGGUGGAAGAAGAAGCUGUCUGGAGCCAAGUGGCCAAGGCCCAACUGCGAGAGGGGCUAGUAAGUGAAGCAAUUGAGUCCUUUAUCCGUGCAGAUGAUGCUACUCAAUUCUUGGAAGUCAUAAAGGCAGCUGAGGAUGCAAAUGUAUAUCAUGACUUGGUGAAGUACCUUCUAAUGGUGAGGCAAAAGUCAAAGGAGCCCAAGGUUGACAGUGAGCUCAUAUAUGCAUAUGGUAAAAUUGAUCAACUGGGUGAAAUUGAAGAAUUUAUUCUCAUGCCUAAUGUUGCUAAUCUCCAAAAUGUUGGAGAUCGUUUAUAUGACGAAGCUCUGUAUGAGGCAGCAAAGAUUAUAUUUAGAUUUAUUAGUAACUGGGCUAAGCUAGCUGUCACACAUGUUAAGCUAAAAGAGUUUCAAAGUGCUGUUGACGCAGCUCGAAAAGCAAACAGCUCGAAAACAUGGAAAGAAGUCUGCUUUGCUUGUGUUGAUUCUGAGGAAUUCCGCUUGGCUCAGAUAUGCGGUCUCAACAUUAUCAUACAGGUUGAUGAUUUGGAAGAGGUCAGUGAGUAUUACCAGAACAGGGGAUGCUUUAGCGAGCUCAUCUCUUUAAUGGAAAGUGGGCUUGGUUUGGAGCGUGCACAUAUGGGCAUCUUCACUGAGUUGGGAGUUUUAUAUGCGAGAUACCGCCCUGAGAAGCUUAUGGAGCACAUCAAGUUGUUCUCAACUCGUCUCAACAUCCCCAAGCUAAUACGUGCUUGUGAUGAACAACAGCAUUGGAAGGAACUGACAUAUUUAUACAUCCAAUAUGAUGAAUUUGACAAUGCUGCAACCACUAUAAUGAACCACUCUCCAGAAGCAUGGGACCACAUGCAAUUCAAAGAUGUUGUAGUGAAAGUUGCAAAUGUUGAGCUCUACUACAAGGCUGUGCACUUUUACUUGCAAGAGCAUCCAGACCUAAUCAAUGAUCUUCUUAAUGUGAUUGCACUUCGUGUUGACCAUACACGAGUAGUGGACAUAAUGCGAAAGGCUGGUCAUCUCCGUCUCAUUAAGCCAUACAUGGUUGCUGUUCAGAGCAACAAUGUCUCUGCUGUGAAUGAAGCAUUGAAUGAAAUUUAUAUUGAGGAGGAGGACUAUGACAGACUUCAUGAAUCUAUUGAGUUGCAUGAUAACUUUGACCAGAUAGGCCUUGCACAGAAGAUUGAGAAACAUGAGCUUCUUGAGAUGAGACGUGUUGCUUCUCAUAUAUACAAGAAAGCAGGAAGGUGGAAGCAGUCAAUUGCUUUGUCGAAGAAAGACAAUCUUUACAAAGAUUGUAUGGAAACUUGUUCACAGUCUGGUGAUCGUGAACUUUCAGAGGAGUUGCUUGUCUAUUUCAUCGAGCAGGGAAAGAAAGAGUGCUUUGCAGCUGCCCUCUUUGUUUGUUAUGAUUUGAUCCGACCAGAUGUUGCUAUGGAGCUGGCUUGGAUGAACAAUAUGAUUGAUUUUGCUUUCCCAUAUCUCUUGCAGUUUAUCCGUGAGUACACAAGCAAAGUAGAUGAGCUCAUCAAGAGCAAACUUGAGGCUCUUAAUGAGGCGAAGGCUAAAGAGAACGAGGAGAAGGACAUGGUUGCUCAGCAGAAUAUGUAUGCACAGUUGCUGCCCCUUGCUUUGCCUGCACCACCAAUGCCUGGAAUGGGUGGUCCAGGGAUGAGUGGAGGUUUUGCACCACCUCCUCCAAUGGGUGGAAUGGGAAUGCCACCUUAUGGCAUGCCACCCAUGGGCCCCUACUAAUCUGGACGCCAACCUCUGAAAUUAUAUUCUCCAGAAUUCAUUGUCUGCUACUGAAGGUGAAUUCAGUCCUUUGCUUCCGGGAGGAAAUUGACUGAUACUCUGAACUGGUACCCCGCCAUUGCAUUUGCUGUAAUGUUUAUUCUCUCAGAAUUCUGUCGGUAAUAGCUGAGCAAGUUUUUUCUCAAGUGAAGGCUGAGCCAAGUGAAUAAUAUGUUUUCGACAGAUCGGGCUAUGAAAUUUGUUGUGAUUGUGGCACUUGAAUAGGUGCUUUAGUUUUUAUAGCUGUAAUAACAUUUUGUUUUUGCUAAUUGUCAAAGGCACGGUAAUUGGAUUCACGUCAGUGAUUUGAAAUUUUGUAAUCACCAUGUUUCUUCCAUGUACAACAGUUAAGUUUAUACUUGAAAAAUGAUGUUUUCCAUU